UUUCCUUCCGGCUUCCCUGCUGCUGUCGGCUGGGAGAGCUCUGGUUUGUUUUGAUUCUGGAAUUCUCCAACAGAAAUAUAUUGAAAAGGACUAAAUCAAUUCUUGCAGUUCUAAAACCAUGGCCCAUGGUUCAGUGACAUUCAGGGAUGUGGCCAUAGACUUUUCACAGGAAGAAUGGGAAUUCCUGGACUCUGCUCAGAGGGACUUAUAUAGGGACGUAAUGUGGGAGAACUACAACAACUUCCUCUCACUAGGAUCUUCUGUUUCUAAACCAGAUAUGAUUACCUUAAUGGAUGAAGAAGGAAUGGUUGUGAAGGAAAGAAUAAAAAGAUCUUGCCCUGAUUUGGAGCCCAGAUAUAGGACCAAUACUUCAUCUCCAGAAAAGGACAUUUAUGAAAUAUAUUCGUUACAGUGGGAGAUAAUGGAAAGAAUUAAAAGCUAUACCCUUCAGGACUCCAUUUUUAGAAAUGAUUGGGAAUGUAAAAGCAAGAUUGAGGGACAAAAAGAACCACAAGAGGGUUAUUUUGGGCAGGUGAAAAUUACCUCUGAAAAAACGACCACUUACAAAAAGAAUAAUUUUCUUGCUGAGUAUCAGAGAAUUCAUAAUGGAGAAAAAUUAUAUGAAUGUAAGGAGUGUAGGAAGACCUUCAUUCGUCGCUCAACACUUAGUCAGCACCUACGAAUUCAUACGGGUGAGAAACCUUAUAAAUGUAAAGAAUGUGGACAGGCCUUUAGGCAGCGUGCACACCUUAUUCGACAUCACAAACUUCAUACUGGUGAGAAACCCUAUGAAUGUAAGGAAUGUGGGAAGGCCUUUACUGUGCUCCAAGAACUUACUCAACAUCAGAGACUUCAUACUGGUGAAAAACCUUACGAAUGUAAGGAAUGUGGAAAGGCCUUCAGAGUACAUCAGCAACUGGCCCGGCAUCAGAGAAUUCACACUGGUGAGAAACCCUAUGAAUGUAAGGAGUGUGGGAAGACUUUCAGACAAUGUACACACCUCACCAGACAUCAGAGACUUCACACUGCUGAGAAGCUCUAUGAAUGUAAGGAAUGUGGGAAAGCCUUUGUAUGUGGCCCAGACCUUAGAGUACAUCAGAAAAUUCAUUUUGGUGAAAAACCCUAUGCAUGUAAGGACUGUGGGAAGGCCUUUAGAAUAUGCCAACAACUUACUGUUCAUCAGAGUAUUCAUACUGGUGAGAAACCCUAUGAAUGUAAGGAAUGUGGAAAGACUUUCAGAUUAAGGCAGCAACUUGUUCGCCAUCAGAGAAUUCAUACUCGUGAGAAACCCUAUGAAUGUAUGGAAUGUUGGAAGACCUUUAGUAGUUACUCCCAACUUAUUUCACAUCAGAGCAUUCAUAUUGGUGAGAGACCCUAUGAAUGUGAGGAAUGUGGGAAGGCUUUCAGACUGCUGUCCCAACUCACUCAACAUCAGAGUAUUCAUACUGGUGAGAAGCCCUAUGAAUGUAAGGAAUGCAGAAAGCCUUUUAGACUGCUCUCACAACUUACUCAGCAUCAGAGUAUUCACACUGGAGAGAAACCUUAUGAAUGUAAGGAUUGUGGUAAGGCUUUCAGACUUUAUUCAUUUCUUACUCAACACCAGAGAAUUCACACUGGGGAGAAGCCCUAUAAAUGUAAGGAAUGUAAGAAGGCCUUCAGACAACAUUCACACCUUACUCAACAUCAGAAGAUUCAUAAUGGAAUUUAAUACAAGAAAGCUUUCAAAUUUGCAUUUUGUUACAAAACACCAGUAAAUCCAUUUUUGAGAAAAUACACUUACAACUAAAUGUAAGAAAUUUUCUAUUAGGGAAGGAAUGUGUUGCUUUGAGCCUUCCAUCACCCUUCAAACAUUGUUUAUCUUCAGCAAAUUCCUUUGAGAGAAUAAUUUAAUGAAUGUAGGAAAAUGUUUAGCUUUAUCUGUCAUCUCCAUUUUGCCACUUUACUACCAUUGUGAUAUUGAACAAGAUACUAAACCUUUGUGCUCAUUUUUAAAAUUAUGAUAGUAGUACUUAUUUAUUGCUGUGUGAUAAAUUACUAGAACACAUAGUAGCUUAAAAUAAUAUACAUAGGUUAUUUCACAGUUUCUAUGGA